AUGACAGAAGAUCAAUUCAAGUGCCUCAUCUUUGUGAGUGCCCGGCAGUUACCUCGUGAUCCUGAAACCAGAACUCGUCUGCUCUCCAAGAUUGAACAGGACCCGGACCCCACUCUGCAGACAUUGACGGCCGAAUGUCAACGGUUCGAAAAUCUUAAGCAUAAUUCUGCGAUCGUGGAGCAAUCCAGUUCCUCGUUUGCCGUUCAUGCUGUCACUCGCACUAAGUCGAUGUCGCCACAGAAGCCUUAA